CAAUCCUGGACUUACACACCGGCGCCCUUUCGAUGGACACUAAUUUCGUUAAUAUCUAUAAAUUGAUUGAAAGUAAACCACAAAAUGCGGCCAUUUUUACCGAAAAGGAUUUUGAGGUCUACAGAGCGGUGAAAAACAAAAUCCUUCAGACAAUUGCCAUUCAUUUUGGUGUUUCUCCCAAACACUUGUACUUAACUGAUCCGACAUUCUUCUCGCGCCUGACCUCUGCGGCGGCCCAAACCAAACACGACGAGUAUUGGCACAAACAUGUGGACAAACAGACCUAUAAGUCCUUUCAUUACACGUCGUUAUUGUAUUUGUCGACAUUUGGCGAAGACUUCACGGCCGGGCGUUUCAUCUUUGCCGACAAAGAGUUGAACAAAAGUAUAGCAAUUGAACCCAAAUUGGGUCGAGUGUCAGCUUUCACGUCGGGCUCAGAGAACGAGCACUUCGUGGAGCGGGUGUCCACCGGAACCCGAUAUGCCAUUACUGUCUCAUUCACUUGCGAUCCAAAGCACGCCAUCAGUGACCCUAAGAUGGGUCACAAA